AAUAGCCAUACCUGGUGUAAUAGUGACUUUAAAAAAAGGAACUGAAUGUACUACUACACUGUAGUAGAUAAUUAGACGUCCGUUCUAUUAAAAUGUAAUUAGUUCGAUGUGGACAUUUGACCUUUGUACCUUUAAAAGGUAUUGACGUUGCUUACAUUCCAAUGCCGUCUGACAAACGACAAUCUGUCUAUUUCCCCGGAUGACAACCAAUGAGAGUUGAGUAGAGGCGGGAUGUUUACACUGUUAGCCAAAUAAAAUACAUUGGUUGUGCCACUUAGAGUAGUCAUAUUCUAGUCACACCUUUUACAGACUGUAAAGACAGAUGUUCCAUCUGAUCGCAGAAUUUAUUUCUGUGCCCAUCAAUUCCUCAGCCAGCUGUAAGAAGAUCCUUCAUCUCCUCUUGACUUGGUGACCUGCUGUCCUACCAUGGCUGAGAAGCUAGCCUCCUUUGGUAAGAUGCUGCUCAGGCGGCGAGCGCUGGACUGUAACCAGGAAGAGAGCCACUUUGCCCGCUGCCUGAGCACACUGGACCUGAUAGCCCUGGGGGUGGGCUCCACUCUGGGGGCCGGCGUCUAUUUGCUGGCUGGAGAGGUGGCCAGAGAGAAGGCCGGCCCAGCCAUCGUGCUCUGCUUCCUCAUCGCAGCGCUCUCCUCCGUCCUUGCUGGUCUGUGUUAUGCUGAGUUUGGUGCCCGUGUGCCAAAGACUGGUUCAGCCUACAUGUACAGCUAUGUGACAGUGGGGGAGAUCUGGGCCUUCAUCACUGGUUGGAACCUCAUCCUCUCCUAUGUCAUAGGCACAGCCAGUGUUUCUCGGGCCUGGAGCUCCACCUUUGACAACCUGGUUGAACAGAAGAUCUCAAACUUCUUCAGAGCCUCCAUGUCCAUCAAGGUCCCUGGGAAGAUUCUGGCUGAAUACCCAGACCUCUUCGCCCUCAUCCUGAUCUUGCUGCUCACUGGCCUGCUGGCGUUUGGCGUGAGUGAGUCGGCCCUGGUGAACAAGAUCUUCACGGGGGUCAACCUGGUGGUGCUGGGCUUCGUCAUCAUCUCAGGACUGGUGAAGGGAGACCGUACUAACUGGAACCUCACUGUCGAGUACUUUGUCAACACGUCCAACAUCACUGAUACAGAGAUCAUUAAAGAGAAGUUUGGCAAUGGGGGUUUUGCUCCAUUCGGCUUCAGUGGAGUCCUUUCUGGUGCAGCAACUUGCUUCUAUGCCUUUGUGGGCUUCGACUGCAUCGCAACCACAAGUGAAGAGGCCAAGAACCCCAUGCGUUCCAUCCCCAUCGGUAUCGUGGCUUCUCUGCUCAUCUGUUUCUUUGCCUACUUCGGGGUGUCUGCAGCCCUCACUCUCAUGAUGCCCUACUACCUGCUGAACAAAGAGAGCCCGCUGCCAGAGGCCUUCAAGUAUGUGCACUGGGACCCUGCCCGCUACAUCGUGGCUGUGGGCUCCCUCUGUGCACUCUCCACCAGUUUACUGGGCUCAAUGUUCCCCAUGCCCCGUGUAAUCUAUGCCAUGGCUGAGGACGGCCUGCUCUUCCGUUUCCUCUCAAAGAUGAACAUCAAAACCAAGACCCCCCUGUUAGCCACCAUCGUGUCGGGUAUUGUAGCAGCCCUGAUGGCAUUCCUGUUUGAUCUGGCAGCCCUGGUGGACCUGAUGUCGAUAGGAACUCUCCUGGCAUACACACUAGUGGCUGUGUGCGUGCUUAUCCUCAGGUACCAACCGGGCACCCUGGGUGUCAGUGGUGCCAGUGAGAAGCUGGUGGAGCUGGUGGGUCUGCAGAAGGCAGCCAUGGCAGAGGGGGACAGUGGGGAUGAGUUUGGCCAGGAGAGUGAGGGGGAGACCAGGCCCCUCAGGGAGCGGUUCAUCUUCAAGAUGCUGCUGGUGCCCAGCUGUGACGUCCCAACCAAGACCUCCGGGCUCAUCGUCUACAUCACUACCGCUGUCAUCUCUGUGGUGUUCACCCUGCUGUGCAUAGUGCUGUCUGUGUGUGGGAUAGAGGUGGUGAGUGGCCACCCAGUGUGGGUCACCAUAUGUGCGAUACUGGCCGCCUUCUCCUUCCUGUGUGUGGUCAUCAUAUGGAGACAGCCCCCGAGCAGACAGUCACUCACCUUUAAGGUACCCCUACUCCCAGUGUUGCCAUUGGUCAGUAUCUUUGUCAACAUUUACCUCAUGAUGCAGCUGGAUGGGCCAACGUGGUGUCGCUUUGCAGUGUGGAUGACUAUUGGUUUUAUCAUCUACUUUGGUUACGGGAUUAAGAACAGCUCAGAGGCCACACCCAACCGCGGUAAAUUUGAGCCAGUCCUCCGAUCAAAGAGCCCCAACUUCCUGGCAGAGGAUGACAAUGAGGUGGAAGGAAUGAUGCCUUAGAGGAGAAUAGUGGUAGAGUAGAUGGUAUUUGCCCCAACGACAUAUGACGCAAGCCUUGAACAGGAGCACAUUCUUAUCUGUUUGUUUUUUAACUGUCUGGGAAUUGUGCCACAAUAGACUCUUAACUUUCUGUCUUAUUCUUCUUCUGAAAUGGAUUAAAUGAAUGUUUUCCCUCAUCAAUCUACACACAAUAAUGAAAAGGGCAAAAACAUAUUUUUAGAAAUGUUUUGCAAAUUUAUGAAAAAAUAUUUUUAAUAUACCUUAUUUCGGA